AGUCCCGUUACAGUCACACACACACUAGCAAGAACAGGACCAAACAUGGCGAGAGACCCGGAUUAUGGAGCUUUCGUGGACAAGUUUGUGCUUAAACUUACCUCUUCAGCUCAUGAUCAACCAUUGCAGGGCCUCACUUUUGCAGUUAAAGAUAUGUAAAUCCCUUCGAUUCACCUUUUUCUUUGCCUUCAUUUCCUCGACAAAGAUACUUUAAGUCCUUAGAAAAGAGUAAAGGAAAGGGGUGUCCUUUUAUUUAUUUUCAGGCUUCUAGGCCAAGUUUCUAAUUCUUGGUUUCGGGUUUAUGUUUUUGCUAGUGGGGGUGUUUGUGUGUUUGCAAACUUUUAUAUGAAUUGGUUCUUUUUUCUUGUAGUGAUUGAUGAAUUUGUUUUUUGUGAAUUGAAUUAUGGAAAUAGAUUUGAUAUGGAGGGAUAUGUGACUGGAUUUGGUCAUCCUGACUGGGCAAGGACUCAUUCUGCUGCUACAUCAACUGCUCCUGCUGUUUUGGCCGUCUUAAGAGGAGGAGCCACAUGUGUUGGUAAAACUGUCAUGGAUGAAAUGGCUUACAGUAUAAAUGGAGAAAAUAUACAUUACGGCACACCUAUAAAUCCAUGUGCUCCUGAUCGUGUACCCGGAGGAUCUUCAAGUGGGUCUGCCGUUGCGGUUGGUGCAAAAAUUGUAGACUUCUCCUUGGGAACAGACACUGGAGGAAGUGUAAGAGUCCCUGCAUCAUAUUGUGGAAUUUUGGGGUUUCGACCUUCACACGAUGCUGUUCCGAGUGCAGGAGUUAUUCCCAUGGCACAGAGUUUUGAUACUGUGGGAUGGUUUGCCAGGGACCCUGUGAUUCUGAGUCGGGUAGGACAUAUUCUACUCCAAUCGCCUGUUAUGGAUCCUAUCAAACCUAGUCAAGUUAUUAUUGCAGAAGAUUGUUUCCAGCUUUCAAACAUUCCAAACGAUCGACUAGGUCAAGUUCUUGUGAAAUCAGUGGAGAAGAUAUAUGGAGGCCAUAUUGUGAAGCAUACAGUCCUCGGGGACUAUGUCAAGGAAAAAGUUCCAAGUCUGAAACAUUUUAUGAGUAAAGAAAUAAAAGAACAAGAGUAUAACAUUCCAUCUUUGGCAGCCCUCUCAAAUGCCAUGAGGUCACUUCAAAGGUAUGAAUUCAAGGAUAACCAUGGUGAAUGGAUCACUUCAGUCAAACCUGAAUUGGGUCCAGGAAUAGCAGAAAGGGUAUGGGAAGCUGUUAGAACAACUGGGGAAAACGUUGAUGCCUGCCCCUCUGUAAAGACGGAAUUACACACUGCCCUUGCAACUCUUCUUCAGGAUUUUGGUAUCCUAGCUAUCCCUACUGUUCCAGGGCCUCCACCGAAACUGCAAGCAGAUCCAACAACACUGGAAAUCUUCCGUGCUAAGGCUUUUAGCUUGUUGUCCAUUGCGGGAGUAUCAGGAUUCUGCCAGGUUAGCAUACCGCUAGGGAUGUAUGACAAUCUUCCUGUAGCUGUUUCAUUGUUGGCAAAACAAGGUUCAGACGCUUUCCUGCUCAAUGUUGUCGAGAGUCUUUAUGGUACCCUCAAAGAACAGGUUGAGAUCACUGAAAAAUAACUUGCUGGCUGAGAAUCUAAGAAUGUAAGCUUAACCUAACGAUCAAAAUGUGUUAAAUUUGGAACAAAAAUUGGUGAAAUGACUAAAAAAAUCCUCGCUGCAGAGAAACACCUUCUGGAUUUAGUAUAAGAAGGAAAAAUAUAAUUCUGUUCUGUUCUAUUC